AUGAUUGAAAGGGAGGAUCUGGAAUCGGAAGCGGGCUUGUCUGACCACUUUGGAAGCUCACCGGACACAAAUGUCCAGCAGUCCCCAGGAAUUUCCAACCUGCGUUUCUUCGGGCGAGGUGCAGAAAGAGAUGAUGCAUCAAUUUCAUCUUCCUUGGCAGAGUUUGAGAAGCUAGAGAAAGCCAUUCCAAUUUCCAGUUCAUUAAGUUCAAUAGAGAGAGGUGACGGUGAAAAGGACAGUUUUGGAGGAUCUUAUGAUGAAAGAAAAUUUGUAGGUUUCCGAAAAUUGAAAGAAGGUGAAGAGACCACUUCAAUUGCAUCAUCCCUAGCUGAAUUUGAACAACUUGAGCAAGCUCUUGUUGUAUCUGGCUCAGCCAGUUCUGUGGAAAAACAUACUCCAGAAAGCAAGAGCUCUGGGGGAUCUGGUGAAAACACAUCUAAUUCUGUAGCUUCAUCACUGGCUGAUUUUGAGAGAUUUGAACAGGAAUGCCAAGGAGAUUCUGAUGAAAAGAAGAGCUCUGUAGAAAGUUCCAGCAGACCGAGUGAGGCAUCUUCUUGUACUUCUCUGAAUGAAUUUGAAAGACUGGAGAGAGAGAUUGCUGUAGCAGCGGAACUCGAAGUGGAAGCUCAAAAGAUUGUCUCCAUUUUAGAAUCAGGAGUUUUGAUGGAGUGUGCCAAGUUUGGAAGUGUUGAUUUCAGUGAGGUUGAUGGUGCAGAUGGAAAAGAGAAAGAUUCUGUAGACGAUGAUGGCCAAGAAGAAAUAGAUCAUGAUUCCCUCAGUGAGGAAGCCAGAUUAGGGCAUGAGGAAGAUGCAGAUUCUCUUGAUGGUGAGAGCUCAGAAGUCACGGAGAUGGCAUCCAGUGUUGUAUUUACUGGACCAGAUCUUGCCGUAUGUCAACCUGUACCUGCUGAUUUUGACACAGAUUCACUCCAAGGUGAAGCUCUCAUGCAGUUGUCUUCAGAUUCUCUUGUCCUAGAACAGAGAUUGAAGUCAUCAGACUCAACCAAGUUUGAUACAGAUUCACUCUUUGGUCAGGAUGAGGGAAUGGUCCAGUCAGGUGAUUCCUUGGAGCUAGGAGGUCAGUCAAGUGGUGGACAAUCCAGUGGUGGGCGCUCGAGUGAGAAACUGGAGGACAAAAACAUUCCAGGUGAUGAUCUUAUGCAAACAUCUGCUGAUUCGUUAGAGUUUGACAACAGCAAAGAGGAAGCCAAAGAAAGUGAAGAGAAAGAUCAGCUGCAGCAGCAGCAAGAUGACAGUGUCAUGAUGGUCUCUGUGGAAUCAGCUGCCUGGAGCAUGGGCAGCUCAGGAGGAACAGGACAGUCCAUGUCAGAGUCUCACACAGAUUCUAGUCAUUCCCAUGACAUCAUGCAGGUGUCCACAGAUUCAGACAUCCUCAAAUCAGGAGCCAGGCCAGAGAAGAUCAGCGUUCUCAGUGAACAGCUGUUUGCAUCGGACAGGGCAGCUGCCAAAGAAGGCCACGAGGUUCAGCAACAGCGACAUCAGUGGCAUCAGGCUGAAUCAGUAUCUGUUGUGCAACAUGUCACAAGCAGCUCUUCCCAUCAACAUCAGUCACUUUCAGAAAGCAAAACCAGGCCAAAGAGAGAAUCCCCAAAAUUUGCGGAGUAUGAAGAGCCUGAAAAAGAAGGCAGUCUUUACUUAGCAAAAGGACCUUACCAGGAAUCAAAAAAGGUUUACACUAUGGCUGAAUGGGAGGCAAUGAAACAGGCCAGACGGGAGAAACAAGAAACAGAAACCAAGUCCUCUGCCCUUUCAUCCUCAUCUCCUGAACUGUCUCAGGAGUCAGAUAGAGAUGAGAAGCAGACUCCCCCCUCCCA